GUUGGUCGAGUCGUAGAUUCAGUUCAUAUACUGUGGGCGCCCGGAGAUCAGGGCUUGCUUUUCUUGAUAUCGUGUCCAAAAUUUUCUAAUGCCACGAAAUAUCACAUCCUAAAAUCCCAUUUAUAUACGAUGCGGAAAUUCGUUGCGGACAGAGUCAGGCGCAUUUUGAGCCGUUCUUUGCAGCAUUGCCCUCACACUCACCCCCGUUUCCUUUCGCCUCUCCAUUCUCUUGCUUUCCAUUCUUCUUCCAUGGCCUCUUCUCCUUCUGAUUCAUCCUUUCCUGUUACUAUACAGAACAUCAAUCCCAAAGUUCUGGAAUGUGAAUAUGCUGUUCGAGGAGAAAUCGUUACCAUGGCCCAGAAAUUGCAAGAAGAAUUACAGGCGAAUUCAGGCUCUCAUCCAUUUGACCAGAUAAUUUACUGCAACAUUGGCAAUCCUCAAUCUCUUGGCCAGCAGCCAAUAACUUUCUUCCGAGAGGUUCUUGCAUUAUGCGACCAUCCAGCUAUCUUGGACAAAAGUGAAACACAGGGUUUGUUCAGUGCUGAUGCAAUAGAGCAAGCUUGGCAGAUUUUAGAUCAGAUUCCUGGAAGAGCUACUGGUGCCUAUAGUCAUAGUCAGGGUAUCAAGGGUUUGCGUGAUACAAUUGCAGCCGGAAUUGAAGAUCGUGAUGGUUUUCCUGCUGAUCCCAUUGACAUUUUCUUGACUGAUGGUGCAAGCCCAGCGGUCCAUAUGAUGAUGCAAUUGCUCAUAAGAUCAGAAAAAGAUGGUAUUUUGUGCCCCAUCCCUCAGUAUCCUCUGUACUCAGCUUCAAUUGCCCUCCAUGGUGGCACUCUGGUACCUUAUUAUCUUGAUGAAGCAACUGGCUGGGGUUUGGAAAUACCUGAGGUCAAGAACCAGUUGGAGAAUGCCAAGUCCAAGGGCAUCAGUGUUAGAGCUUUGGUUGUUAUAAAUCCAGGAAACCCAACAGGGCAGGUUCUUUCUGAGGAAAACCAGCGGGAUAUUGUGAAAUUCUGCAAGGAAGAAGGUUUGGUUCUCUUGGCUGAUGAGGUGUAUCAAGAAAAUAUUUAUGUUCCUGAGAAAAAAUUUCAUUCUUUCAAGAAGGUAUCUCGGUCUAUGGGCUAUGGUGAGGAUGACCUAUCUUUGGUGUCUUUUCAAUCAGUUUCCAAAGGCUAUUAUGGAGAGUGUGGGAAACGAGGAGGUUAUAUGGAGGUGACUGGGUUUUCCGCAGAUGUGAGGGAACAGAUAUAUAAGGUGGCCUCUGUGAAUCUCUGUUCAAAUAUCUCUGGUCAAAUUCUUGCUAGCCUGGUCAUGAGCCCUCCCAAGGUUGGAGAUGAGUCCUAUGAGUCGUAUGUUGCAGAGAGAGAUGGAAUUCUAUCUUCUCUUGCUAGGCGUGCCAAGACACUGGAAGAAGCAUUUAACAAUCUAGAGGGUGUGACAUGCAACAAAGCAGAAGGGGCAAUGUAUCUAUUUCCCCGUAUUUGCCUCCCUGAAAAGGCAAUCAAAGCUGCAGAGGCUGCUAAAAAAGCUCCUGAUGCUUUCUACUGUCAGCGCCUCCUUAAUGCCACCGGAGUUGUUGUUGUCCCUGGUUCUGGUUUUGGACAGGUUCCUGGGACCUGGCACUUCAGGUGCACAAUUCUGCCUCAAGAAGAGAAGAUUCCAGCGAUUGUCACCGGCUUGACAGAGUUCCACAAACAAUUCAUGGAUGAGUUUCGCGACUGAGGAUUCCUGGUUGAGUUUCUUCCAUCACAAUAAGGAUAGCCAAUCAACUUUUGACAGUACUAGACUUUGAGUUUCUAGAUGCGAUAGCAUUUGUAUCUUUCUUUGGCAAUCAGUAAUAAUUCAACAGAAAGGGGGGAAAACUGCUUGUGUUGGGUGGCAUUAACCCAUUGCUUCCUGGUUCCUUGUGUCGGGAGCCAUGGAAGCCAAGAAAGAAAAAACGAAUACGUUUGGGUGAGCUAUACAGCCUCCAAACAAUCUUGGGCGCACUUGAACAACUGAAACAGAUGUUGCAGAUAGUGGUUGGGAUUAGCAUGCCCACUUCAAUAAAUCAUUACCUAUGGAACACUUGAGAAUUACUUUUGCAGCUUCAAUGCCAUUGGGAUUCCUUGUUA